AAAUAGCUUGAUAUGUUGUGCUAAAGAAGUAGAUUUGACUGGUAUCCUUUUAUGGGCCUUUACUUUAACACACUGUUUUGUGUAUCUUUAAUACCCCCAAAAAGCGAGUGAUUUUGAGCCGUACAAAUAAGCCGUACAAAUUAGCGACUCCUAAAAAUGCAAGCUUGUUACGUUCGUUAAAAACUUAUACCUUUCCUCAUGAUACAUUAUUGUAUAAAGAAAACCAAUUGUUUACUAACUCUUUUUAAUAAAUGUAUAAUCGCUGUUGUUAAAUGAAAUAUCUCUCAAGAUAUCUAGUCCUUUGUUUAAGUCGAUAUAGUUUUUUGGAAACUGAAAUCUUGGGAGAACCACUUUGUCAAAGUAUACACAAUCAUAGUAAAUGCAUUUCUAUCUGUAUCAAAUCCUUAGUAUCUAAACGAAACCGACCCUUUUCUCUAAUGUUUUUCUGUUAAUUAUGCACUUUUAUAAUUUCAAAUCAUGAUCUGUGUCGCGCUGACGAAGAGAAAAAUUUCAGUUAUGCUCAAUUGUUCAUAAAAUUAUCGGAAAUCUUUCCUUCUUCUUUCUAGAAUUUUCUGAAUGCAACAAAUGGGUAUUAUGCAUGCAAGGCAAUCCUCUCCGAAAGGCCCACGGCUGCAGAUAUUCCAGGCAUGCUCCUUCCUGGGUUAAUGUUUGACUUGGGCACGCAGCUGGCUGGGUACUACCAUUACAAAAGGACCAUCACGGCCGAGGAAGAUCUUUAUCGACUGAAAAGAUUCGAUGGCACUAAAAUGCUAUUCGAGGCUGGCGUAGGCUACAAAUAUUCUGAUCGGGUAUGGCCGAAUUACAACCAACAGGACCGGUUUCCAAAGAGAAAAUGGAAUGGUCGCAAUGAUACUAUCUUGCUCCCGUAUGCUACGAUACCAUCAGGUGUAUUUCAGUACUCAUUUAUGAUGUACGAUAACACUCAAGAUGAAAAAAUAACUAAAGAUGAUGUGAGACUGAAGAAAACAUGGAGAUCGGGCCAUUUGGUAGCCACAGGUGCCUUCGUUGAUUACGCUGUUGAAGACGACCUCAUUUAUUCUCCAAAGUACAUCAUUAACUCGGCGGUUGUAUCAUUGGGUGUCAUACCAAUCCCAAAAGCUCCUGUCGCCUCUGAUAUCAUUAUCACUCUUUGGCAUAGAAAGAAAGGGAUGUUCCAACCCUGGUGCGUCUACUGGCAGUACCUAAGCACUAAUGCUGAAAGUACAAAAUAUCAAAAUGGUUACUGGACAAACUACGGCAUGAGGGUGGUCAAAACGAACGAUACCACAACAAUUUGUGCCGCAAGUCAGGUCACACUGUCAUCAUUUGCCGUUGUUAUGGAACCUUACUACGACCCGCCUCCGGAGCCAACCGACCCAUUUACGCUGGCUACCAUCAUAUUGACGAUUGUGUCAAUCCUCAUACUUCUUGCAUACGUCAUUGCAAUGUACAUGCUUGGGUGCACUCGCACAAAGUACAGCCGUAUGUAUAUCUACAUGGCAGUUGGCUGUUUGAUGUCUCAGCUUGUUUUCUUAUUCGGUCUGUCAAAGAAGGAAGAUUGGGGCAUGUGCACAACACUGUCCGUCAUAAUGCAGCUGUUUCAUACAACGGUAAUGAGCUGGUCAAUGCUGGAAUCUGUGCACCAACUGUCACGCAUUCGCUACUUCUUCAAUGAAGACAAAAGUAACAUCGAGGCUUUCUACAGUGUGAUUGGCUGGGGUUUUCCUUUGGCUGUUAUUAUCUCUCUUAUUGGCUAUCCGUUUGAAAAUUUUACGAAAGUCAGAUAUUGCUGGGUUUACGUUCGAGGAUUCGAUAUGUGGUUCUUCGCCGGGCCACUUGCUGCUCUGUUUAUCAUAAGCUUGGUGCUUCGCCUGAUUACAUUCUACGAAAUUUGGAAACACCCCGAACGUAAAGUGAGAGACAUCAACUACCAGCGCGCAUGGCGCAGUUUGGUGGCUUCGGCUUUCUUUUUGCCUUUAAUUGCAAUUCUUUGGUACGUGGCCACAGUGGGUGUGACAAAGAGUGAUCUUGAUGCCGGACCAUACUUGAUGAUGAUACCUGCCUUUAAUGCCGCAGUGGGCAUCACUGUCUUCAUCUUCUAUUUUUACAAAAACGACGAGGUUCAUGAUGCAUUAGUUGAACAACGAAAGAUCAAAGAAAGGAAACGUCUUCUGAGAUACGAACAUCUUAAGAAUGAUACUUUGAUGAUCUGGUUACUGGUGCUGUCUCCUCCAAACAAAAUGGCGGCUGCUGAUGUCCUCGUGCUGUUUGGUAACAACACUAAACUUGACGACCUUCUCGCAGCUGGACAUCUUUGCAACUGACUCCACUUUUUGGAAUCAAUGUCAAAUAGCCAUGAAUCACUGGAAGGACAAGGGCCAGCCGAGUUCUUUUCACUGAAAAACACGUGGUAAGUUUUUAGUGUUAUCGUAUCUUUUGUUAUUAUAUCAAGUUGGCUAAUUAAUUUAUACGUUGCUGUGAUGAUGAAGAAGAGAGAUAUAGAAUGAUAUACCAACAGACUGAGAAUGCAAACGAAACGUGUACAAAACUAUUUGGAUUAGCAGCAGAAUUUUACUAUUGGGGGAAGUGAAAAAUUUUUGUACAAGCAAGUAAAGAAAUUUGCACGAGUUUCAAACAUAAUUCAUUCAGAGUAGAGUUUCAAAGAUAACUGCUGCUGCUCAGAGUAUGAGCUCAAAAUGGGCCUGGUUUAUUUGGAAAUGCUGGAAAGCAUCGAAAAGUUUGUAUCUGUAAGUAUAAAGCUUCAGUAUCUCGAGAACCUUUACUUAGAAUUGAACAGCGUGUUCAAGACGUUUUAAAGUAGUGAGAAAAGUGGAAGGUAACGAUAUGCAAAACAGAGGGAGCAGAGAAAGCAAAAUAAUGAAUUUGCAAAAUCGACUCUCAAUUUAGUUAUUUAGUGUACAAUCAAUAGAAAAAUUAUGUGUUAGAUCUUUAAGAGAAUACAAAAUAGGUAACAAGGACAACUCUUCAGUGAUAUGAUGCUAGAUUACCUGAGACAACCUCCAAACAUUAGAAUCUUUCUGUCAGGAAGCAAAACACUGCUUUGGGCGUAUCUUGCAUGAGGCAAAACAGGGUUGUACUGGUUAACGCAUUCAUGCAAAGUUUCCCAAGUUUGUCUCCUGAAAUCAAGCUUUUCAACAUCCGACAAUAUGCCUGAGAUUCCGUACCCAUGACUGACAAAUAGACUGCCAUUGAAAACCCCACCAUUCGCCAAAAACCGACUAUCGGGAUCACCUGUUUUCACCCAGACACGACUCCAUUUGGACGAGUUGAAGUCAUACUGGAAUACCUCAUUUGACAAAGAGUUAGAAAAAUCUCUGCUACCAAAAGCUAUUAUGAAUCUAUCACCAUCUGUUCCAUGAACUGUUCCAAAUCUUGGUCCAGGUAUUAUCUCGAGGUCGAUAACUGUGUCGUUUACCCAUUUCCAGCUUUUCUGUUUUAAAUCAAAAAGCCAAGUAUCAGAGUACACCUCGCUUUUAGAUCUUCCUCCAAAUAACACAACAGUACUUCGUUUCGGAUCGAAAGCCAGAGCAGCAUCUUUUCGAGCAUUAGGUUCAGGCCCAGUUCCAUUUAAAGAUAACUUUUCCCAACGCAGUUUAUUUUCACAAAUAACAAAAUGGAACAAGCAUUCACAGAGAAGUAUCAAUAUCCUGAAAGCUCGUUUUGUGUCCAUUCUCAGUUUAACCAUAACUGAUUUGCAACUUUAUUUCCCUUCGCUUUCUAACUUCUGUUGCAGUUAGAAAUUUGAAAUGCUUAACUCGACUUUUUUUAAUAAUUCUAAGAAUCUACGCGAGUUCUUUUCAGCUGGUUUGAGAUGCCUCCUUUUCUGUCUUCUCUCCAAUAUUUCUUUUCCAAUGGAAAUUUAAUAAUGUUACACCAUCAGAAAGUCGCAUCUUCCGCCAAUACUUUGCAUUCUACAGUGUGAUCCAAUGUCAUGCUCCUCCGUUGUAAACCUAAGUUGAUCUCACAUCUAAGCAUGACGAGGCAUUUAUCAGGGCUGCAAUUUCAAUAAAGCUAUUCAAGUAAUGUCUGAAUGACGCAACGGGACCUGCCAAAUUUCGAUGAUCUGUGGAGUAUGGCCAAACAUGUUUUUGUUCCGUAA